GCCGUGUUCUGAGGGGUUUCCCCCUCCCCGCGCCUGGGCCUUCGCGCCCUUGGGGUGGGAAGCGGCAGAAGCGGCCACCGGCCUUCGCAUGGCGCGGCGGGGUCGGCGGCUUCGCCAUGCGGGGGAAGAGCCUCUACGCCCACUUCGCGGGCUCCGAGCGCUCCGAGCGCUCCGAGGAUCUCGUGGAGGAUCUUGAGGUAGAGGCGCUUGCAAGAGCUGAAGCUGGAAGUGAUGCCAGGCUGGCAGAGCGUGAGAUCAAGGAGAGCAAGGAGAGUCAGGAGAGCCAGGACAGCCAGGUCAAGGCAAGCCAGGAGAGCAAGGAGAGCAAGGAGAGCAAGGAGAGCAAGGAGAGCAAGGAGAGCAAGGAGAGCAAGGAGAGCAAGGAGAGCAAGGAGAGCAAGGAGAGCAAGGAGAGCAAAGAGAGCAAGGACAGCCAGGUCAAAGAAAGCCACGAGAGCAAGGAGAGCAAGGAGAGCAAGGAGAGCAAGGACAGCAAGGAGAGUCAGGAGAGUCAGGAGAGCGAGGUCAAAGAAAGCCAUGAGAGCAAGGAGAGCAAGGAGAGCAAGGAGAGCAAGAGCCAGGAGAGCCUUAGCUCUGACGUCAAGGAGAGCAAGCCCUCUGAGCUCAAGUCGAGCCAAGACAGCGAGGCCAAAGACUCCAGUUCCUCGUCGAGCUCCACCUCCGACUCCGAGUCGUCGCAGGCUGAUUCGAAGCUGGCUUCCAGCAAGGAUGACGAGGCCGGCGAGACGACCCCGCUCAUGGGCAAGGCGCCGCAGGUGGAGGACUGGUCCCCGGCCUUCAAGGCGCGGGUGAAGCGCUGGGUGUGCCUCGGCCUCUGCAGCGCCUCGCUGCUCGGCGCCUGGUGGGCGCUCUGGGUGAACCUCUGCCUGCUGACCCCGUGGAGCGCCUGGUCCGCCUGCGGGCGCCGCUCGGCCUGGGCGCCCUCCUGCGGCCUGGGCGCCAAGUCCCGGCGCCGAGACGUGCGCUGGGGACGCUGUGCGGGCGUUGAGUUCACGGAGGCCCAGGCCUGCCAGCUGGGGCUCUGCAGCUUGGACCCGACUGCGUCGGACGCCCGCUGCGACGCAGAGGCGCGCCGGGAGCGCCUGGCCGAGCUUCCGCGGGCCUUUGGGCACAGUGCCUGGCGCCACCUGCAGCAGUGCGGCGCUCUGCUCUGCUGCCACGGCUGCACGGGGCACGCGCUCAGUCUGGGCGAGGGCGCCGUGUGCGGGCUGGCUGUGGGCGCGGUGCCGCUGCUGUCUGCGGAGGGCUGCUUCUCCUGCUCUGUGCUGCCGAUCGGCGGCGGGGAUGGGAUUUCGGCCUGCCAUGCGACGACGUGCCGGCGGAACUUCAGUGGAGGCGAGGAUGAGCCGCCAGUUCCGCUCUGCUGCUUUUCCCUGGCGAGCGCCGCGAGCGCUGCGCACGCGGCGAACUCGGGCGCUUCGGCGGAGUUCUCUGAGAUCGGGGAGCCGGACGAGGUGAACUUCCGGCGCCGGCCGGGGUUCUCCGCGGUGCUGGGGGAGUUGGAGGACCUGAGCGGCUGGCCCUUGAGCCCGAACGAGCGCAGCUGUCAGGACGACUGCUGGGAGAACAGCUUCUGCUACAUCUACGUCUAUCUCUCUGAGGACGGUGGAAGACCCGCGGCACCGGCGGCGCUGCGUGACCUGGCGCCUGCGCACGGCAGAGGAGAGGCCAAGCGGGCGGCGGCGAAGAGUUGGCUGCGGCAGCCCGGGGCCUUCAGCGGCUUGAAGCUGAUCCCGCGCCUGGCGGAGAUGGUGGUCACUGCGGUUACCUCUGGGUCCGCCGGGGCGGGGACGCUGGGCCGCUUCAGGCUGAUGGUGUGCGAGUCUCCGGGCCGGUGCCAGGACCGCAAAGCUUUGGUGCUGACGGACCAAAGCUGCGAGCAGGGCCGCCACUGCCUGAGCACAGGUUACGAGGCCACCUUUGUGAAGAACAUCAUGCUGCCUUCGAGCUUCCGCUUGCACGGGGUGCGGGUGGAGACGGUGGGAUCCUCCGUUUGGUCCGUGGACAGCCUGCAGGUGCGCGUGGACGGGCAGAAGGGCCGCUUCACGGGUCCCGCGGCGGUGGCGAAGACGCGGCCGCUCUUCUUCUCCGUGGGCUGCGUGACCCAGGCGUCGGAGCUGAGUUCGGUGCCGGCGGGCACCCCGUGCCUCUGGCCGUGUCUGGGUGCUUCGACCGCGCAGAAGUACUGCUACGUGGACGAGGAGAAGAAGAAGUGGGGCUACUGCGCGCCCGCCUGCGAGACGAAGAGCACGGAGGACAGCCAGAUGAAGUCGGAGCUGACCUGCGCCGAGCUGAACUGGCCCACCCGCUCCAGCGCCAACGACGACGGAGCCGUGUGCGCGGCCAGCGACGAGGCGCCUUUGAAGGGCUGCAGCGGGGAGGUGCCCUGGAGCACGGCGCAGCGGAACUGCAAGGAGGUCGGGGCCAGACUGUGCACCCGGAGCGAGCUGGAAGCGGACGAGGCGGCAGGCACGGGCUGCGGCAUGGACCGGACGCGGGUGUGGUCGGGCACCAAGUGCGGCACCAACGAGUUCCUGUCGCUGGUGGGGGCCACGGCCUUCCGGGGACAGCUGAAGCCGAGAUGUACCGUGGCAGAUGAGCCUUUGGCGCGUGUCCGCUGCUGCGCGGACGCCCGUGCGCUGCGGCUCCGCUUCCGGCGCAGCGACCGGGACGCGCACGCGCUGCCGGCGGGGUUGAGCAUUGAGAACUCCGGCGGGCUGAUGAACUGGGCGGUGGUGUCAGGCACCAACUGGCGGGGGGACUUUGGCUUCUUCCUGCAGAGCGGCAUGCGGGGCUUGCUGGCGCCCAAAGACGGCCAGCACUUGGACGUGCUGCUUUCAGGAGUGCACACGGCCCCUCGGGGGGGCAUCAUCGAAUUCUUCUACCGCAUCGACUCCGAGCGCCAGGCCGACCUGCUGCGCUUCUUCAUCGACGAGAGAUGGAGCAGAACACGGGCGGGCUCCCGGCCUCUGGCACCGUCGCGUGGACGAAGGCGUCCUUCAGCUUCUCCGGGUCCAAGAGAUGAAGACCCACACCUUCCGCUGGCGCUACGAG